GGUGAAUGCAUCAAUGAUUCUUCCCAUCUCGCCUGGGUGAGAAAUGCGAAGCACUUUUCAAGUCUUCUCGUUGCCUCCUACACGAUGUAGCAUGCGUCUUUAGUGUUCCAAUGGAAGCAAGAAGAACCACCAAACACCAUUCAACGCUGUCGUCUUUAUAGUUUUCUCGGAAACAACCGUUAAGAUUAACCUAAACGUCACACACUGGUGAGUUCUAAGUUAUUGCCAAUGGCUGUUUCGGAGGAAGAGUGCUCGUCUGCUAAGUGCGGGCCCUCAUCGUCUUCCUCCAGCACCGCCCACUACCUUGCCAAGUGCGUUCUCAGAGGAAGUGUCGUUCUUCAGGUCCUAUAUGGUCACAUCCGUUCCCCCUCCUCCAGGGACGUUGUGUUUGGCAAGGAAACGUCAUUAGAAUUGGUGAUAAUUGGCGAGGAUGGGGUUGUACAAUCUAUCUGUGAUCAGCCCGUUUUUGGCACGAUUAAAGAUCUGGCCAUGUUACCGUGGAAUGGGAAUUUUCAUGCGUGGGAUCCAAAGAUGUGGGGUAAAGACCUUUUGGUUGUUAUAUCUGAUUCUGGGAAGCUGACAUUGCUUACAUUUUGCAAUGAAAUGCACAGGUUUUUUCCUGUCACACAUGUUCAGCUAUCUAAUGCUGGAAGCACAAGGCAUAUUCCUGGAAGAAUGCUAGCAGUUGAUACCAGUGGUUGUUUUUUUGCUGUCAGUGCAUAUGAAGAUCAGCUAGCUCUCUUUUCAAUGUCAAUGUCUAAAAGCAGUGAUAUCAUUGAUGAGAGAAUAACUUACUCUGCUGAAAGUGAAGGGGCUGCAAAUUCUCAUAGAAGCAUCCAAAGACGCAGCAUAAAUGGUACCAUUUGGAGCAUGUGCUUUAUAUCACAAGAUUCUAGGCAACUAAACAAGGAGCAUAAUCCUGUACUAGCUAUUCUUCUAAAUAGGAGGGGAGAGUCGCUAAAUGAGUUGCUUCUAUUAGAAUGGAAUAUUAAAGCACGUGCAGUAUAUGUUAUUUCUCAGUUUGUUGAAGCUGGACCUCUAGCACAUGACAUUGUUGAGGUUCCCAAUUAUCAUGGACUUGCAUUUCUUUUCAGAGCUGGGGACAUUCUCUUAAUGGAUCUCAGAGAUGCUUGUAACCCACUUUGUGUCUACAGGACUAGCUUAAAUUUUUUAUCCAGUGCUGUGGAAGACCAGACUUUUGUAGAUGAUUCUUGUAAAUUACAAGACGUUGAUGAUGAGCACUUUAAUGCUGCUGCUUGCGCUUCUUUGGUGCUGAGUGAUUUUGAUCCCAUGUGUAUAGACAGUGACAGUGGCUGUUCUAAUUCUUGUUACAAGUAUAUAUGUUCAUGGAGUUGGGAGCCUGAAAAUAAUAAAGAUUCUAAGAUGAUCUUUUGCUUAGAUAGUGGAGAAUUUUUCAUGAUUGAGAUUUGUUUCGAUUCUGAUGACCUUAAAGUCAAUCUCUCAGAAUGUCUGUACAAAGGUUUAGCCUGUAAGGAACUUUUGUGGGUCGUGGGUGGAUAUUUAGCUGCACUUGUAGAAAUGGGGGAUGGCAUGGUCUUGAAAUUCAAAGAUGGAAGGCUAUGCUAUAGUUGUCCUGUCCAAAACAUUGCCCCAAUCUUGGAUAUGGUAGUUGUGGAUCAUCAUGAUGAGAAGCAUGAUCAAAUGUUUGCCUGCUGUGGUGUGGCACCUGAGGGGUCAUUAAGGCUUAUCCGAAGUGGUAUCUGUGUAGAACAGCUUUUGAGGACUGCUCCUAUAUAUCAAGGAGUCACUGGUACUUGGACACUUAAUAUGAAAGCUAUUGAUUCAUAUCAUUCUUUUCUUGUGCUAUCAUUUGUUGAAGAGACCAGAAUAUUGUCAGUUGGCUUAAGUUUUACUGAUGUGACUGAUUCUGUUGGUUUUGAACCUAAUGUCUGUACUUUGUCUUGUGGCCUUGUGAGUGAUGGUGUGCUUGUUCAGAUUCACCAAUGUGCAGUGAGGUUAUGUUUGCCUACAAAGACUGCACACUAUGAAGGCAUUCCUAUGCCCUCUCCUAUUUGCACAUCCUGGUCACCAGGCAAUGUAAAUAUCAAUUUAGGGGCUGUUGGGCAUAAUUUUGUGGUUGUAUCAACCUCUAAUCCCUGUUUUUUGCUGAUCCUUGGGGUUAGGUUGGUAUCGGCUUAUCAUUAUGAAAUUUAUGAAAUGCAACAUUUGGAGUUGCAAAAUGAAUUAUCUUGCAUUUCCAUUCCUAGACAAAAAUUUGAGCAAAAACAGUCAGAUUUAUCCAUUUCAACACAUAGCAACUUCACUGCUUCCUUUCCUAGUGGCGACAUUGGUAACUAUUUUGUUAUUGGCACACAUAGGCCUUCAGUGGAAAUUUUGUCCUUUACACAUGACAGAGGGGUUACAAUUAUAGCGUGUGGGACAAUUUCAUAUACGAGUACAAUGGGUACAGCUAUAAGUGGCUGUAUACCUCAGGAUGUACGGCUUGUUUGUGUUGAUAGGUUUUAUGUUCUUGCUGGAUUAAGGAAUGGGAUGCUUCUUCGCUUUCAGUGGCCAUCAGAUCGACCUGCUUCACCACUAUUAAACAUGGAUGCUGCUUUGUUUAAUAUAAAUUUGGUACAUUCUGAGGAAAAUAUAUCUAACAAGGAAGAGGACUUUCCUGCCACUCUUCAAUUGAUUGCUAUCCGUCGCAUUGGUAUUACUCCUGUUUUCUUGGUGCCUCUGGGUGACACACUUGAUGCUGAUAUAAUUGCACUAAGUGAUAGGCCGUGGUUGUUGCAUAGUGCAAGACACAGUCUUUCAUAUACUUCCAUCUCAUUUCAGCCUUCCACACAUGUCACUCCUGUCUUCUCUGCUGAGUGUCCAAAAGGAAUGUUAUUUGUUGCCAAUAACUGUUUACAUCUGGUGGAGAUGGUGCAUAGCAAGAGACUCAACGUUCAUAAGUUUCAUUUGGAGGGCACUCCACGGAAGGUUUUAUAUCACAAUGAAAGCCGGAUAUUGAUUGUGUUAAGAACUGAAUUGAAUUGUGAUACAUGUUUAUCUGACAUAUGCUGUGUCGAUCCCCUAAGUGGUUCAAUACUGUCUUCUUAUAAACUUGAACUUGGAGAAAUAGGAAAAUCCAUGGAACUAGUAAAGGUUGGAGGUGAUCAGGUGCUCGUGGUUGGAACUAGUCUUUCUUCUGGUCCUGCCAUAAUGCCAAACGGUGAAGCUGAGAGUACCAGUGGCCGUCUUCUUGUUCUCUGCCUUGAGCAUGUGCAAAAUUCAGAUAGUGGUUCAAUGAUAUUGUGCUCCAAGGCAGGGUCAUUAUCACAAAGAACUUCUCCGUUCUGUGAAAUUGUUGGAUCUGCCCCUGAACAGCUAUCAAGCAGUAGCCUUGGGAGUAGCCCUGAUGAUAAUAGCUCUGAUGGUGUUAAAUAUGAUGAAAAUGAUGUGUGGCAGUUGCGAUUGGCUUAUGCAACUACAUGGCAGGGAAUGGUCCUUGCCAUCUGUCCAUAUCUUGAUCGCUACUUCUUGGCUUCUGCUGGCAAUGCUUUCUAUGUUUGUGGUUUUCCAAACGACAAUCCUCAAAGAGUGAGAAAAUUUGCUGUUGGAAGGACGCGUUUUAUGAUAACAUCUUUGACUGCCCAUUUUACUAGAAUUGCUGUUGGUGAUUGUCGUGAUGGUAUCCUUUUCUAUUCUUACCAUGAGGAAGCAAGAAAGUUGGAGCAACUUUAUUGCGAUCCAUUGCAGCGGUUAGUCGCUGAUUGCAUUCUCUUGGAUUCUGAUACUGCUGUUGUAUCAGAUCGUAAAGGCAACAUUUCUGUUUUAUGUUCUGAUCAUCUGGAAGACAAUGCCAGUCCAGAAUGCAACUUGAAGCUAAGAUGUGCUUAUUAUAUGGGUGAGGUAGCCAUGAGCAUUCAGAAGGGCUCAUAUUCAUACAGACUUCCAGCGGAUGAUAUUUUGCAAGGUGGUGAUGGCCCUAAGACAAAUGUCGAUUCAUUACAACAUACUGUAGUUGCUACUACUUUGUUAGGAAGCAUUAUGAUCUUCAUUCGCUUGUCAAGGGAAGAAUAUGAGCUCCUAGAAGCUGUGCAAGCUAGACUCGUUGUCCAUCCAUUGACUGCACCUAUUUUAGGAAACAAUCAUUUUGAGUUUCGUGGCCGUGAAAAUCCAGUUGGAACACCAAAGAUGCUUGAUGGUGACAUGCUGACUCAGUUUUUGGAGCUAACAAGUAUGCAGCAAGAGGCCAUUCUAUCCUCUGAACCACCGGAAAUGGUGAAAUCAAGAUUGAAGUCACUCCCACCUUCACAUUUUCAGGUCAACCAGGUGGUCCAACUUCUUGAGCGAGUUCAUUAUGCACUCAACUAGAUCCCCUUUUAUGUCCUCGACCUUUUUUUCCCGCAUGGGACAUGAAAGGGCUUCCAAGCUUCAGUGGAAGAGUUGGAUACUCUGUUCAUUUCUUGUCUGGCCUGGAAUAUAAACCAGUUGACGUAAUGUAAGGUCAACUGUGGACUUACGCUUACACUUUACGUUUCCGACGGAUGCUUGUUCAAAGUUAAUAAUCUUGUGGAAAGGACUGGAGUUCUAUUCAACAUUGUGGCUUGUCAGUGAGAGAUUCGACAGCUGCAAGGGGAAUACAAUGCUUGUGCAAGGUUGCAGUCCUCUUCCUCUAAGCUAUAAUCUCUUGUAUUUCCAUGUAUUAGUAGCAUUCACAUUGCUUUGUUGCUAGAAAUUGUACAAUAGUAAAAUUAGUGACUAGCAUAUUUUUUUAAAUAUAUUUAUAUAUAUAUAUAUAUAUAUAUUUUUUUU